CAGGCUUCCUUGAAACAUCUCUCCCGUCUACCACAUAGCUAGGUCAGCGCGCAGCAUGCCUUCAUAGCCUCAACGUUCGUGAAUAUGCUUCCGAAGCUUGGGUGGCAUUCUGCUACCGUACGGAAUUCUCUGUCCGCGCGGUCGCAAUUGCAGGGAUGUCUGACAAGGACUUCACUUGGAGCGCGACAGAGGUAUCUAGGAGUUAGAAGCCGGUAUGCAUCAUUGCAAGCAGGUGAUAAUAAGUCGGGACAUAUUAGCGCCGGACCUAACGAAGGGCUCUUGUUCUUCGACAAUGUCUUCCCACUGAAGAUUCAGAAGCUCAUUGGGGUUCCGUUCACAUCUCAUGAAGACCCACCGAAAUUUCUGGAUAGAUUCAUCAGCCCAAGCAUCGCGGGGACGGAUCCUAGCAAGGUCAUUGAGAGGGCUUGCAGCAAGACCAAUCUACCGAUCAAGGCUACCGAAACGCUUCUACGGCUUAAGGAAGGUGGGGCGUUUGUGAAGUUCACGCACGAUGGGAGUACGCCGACGUCCGAGGUGGAGAAGGUGCUGAAGAAGUACUUGAAAGAGGAGCCCGUUAAGCCCUGGUGGAGCCCUUGGAGACGCAUGCACGUCAAUGUCGUCAGAGGCCGUCCUUGGGUGGAAGACCUCUUCCGACUGCCUACGCCGCGUGUCAAGGUCGAAUUCAUUCCCUCCGAGCCCGGAGCUGAAGCCGUCGAGCUAUCGCAGGAGCAGCUGUAUUCGUUCUUCCGGCCGUAUGGAAAGUUGAAAGAUAUCGUCACGCAGCCCCCGGAUUCGAAGAUUCUUCCCAAAUUCGCGUACCUGGAUUUUUCUACCAUGUCGAAGGCUAUUAUGGCCAAGAAUUGCAUGCAUGGGUAUCUUGUGAGCGAGGCGGAAGGUGGUGGGAAGAAGGGAACGAUUCUGGGGCUUAAGUAUGAGCAAAGGAUUAAGCCGCAUUGGAUUAGGGAUUGGUUGGUCAAUCAUCCGAGGAUUGUUAUUCCGGUCAUUGCUGCACUGAUUGCGGGGAUCACGGUUGCGGUCUUCGAUCCGAUCCGCACUUUCUUCGUCAAAGCGCAUAUCACGAGAGUGUUGCACAUCCAGGACAACAAGUGGUAUAAAUGGAUUGUGGGCUAUGCAACCGACAUAAUUCCGUGGCAUAAGAAACCAGACGAAGAUGCCGGCAUGGAAGCAGUAUGGGACGACCGAAAGGGCAACAUUGAACAGAUUCAGACUUGGUUGAUGGAGACAGCCGACACUUUCAUCAUUGUGCAGGGACCUCGUGGCUCGGGCAAGCGCGAACUAGUCGUCGAUCAAGCACUGAAACAUUCAAGGUACAAGCUCAUCAUCGACUGUAAACCCAUUCAAGAGGCGCGGGGCGACUCCGCCACGAUCAAUGCAGCGGCUGCAGGAGUCGGUUACAUGCCAGUGUUCUCGUGGAUGAACAGCAUCAGCGGCAUGAUCGAUAUGGCGGCGCAAGGUGCUACGGGUGUCAAGACCGGUUUCUCUGAGACGCUCGACACGCAACUUUCGAAUAUAUGGAACACGACCGGGACAGCUCUCAGGCAAAUCGCCUUGGACCAACGUCACAAGGACGAUAAAGACGCGCAUCUCGGCGAUGACGAGUGGCUUGAAGCGCACCCAGAAUGCAGACCCGUCGUCGUGAUCGAUAAUUUCCUGCACAAGAGCCAAGAAGGCGGCGUAGUGUACGACAAGAUUGCCGACUGGGCCGCCCGUCUAACAACCGCCAACAUCGCCCACGUAAUCUUCCUCACAAACGAUGUCUCCUUUAGCAAGUCCCUCUCCAAAGCGCUCCCGGACCGCGUCUUCCGCCAAAUCUCGCUUUCGGAUUGCAGCCCUGAAGUCGCCAAGACAUUCGUCCUCAAGCAUCUCGACGCCGACGUGGAAGACGAUCCCGAACCCCGCGACGGCUCGGCAAAAACCAUCCCCUCGCAGACCCGCACCGAUCUCGCCGAGCUGGACACAUGUAUCGACCUGCUCGGCGGACGACUUACGGAUCUAGAGUUCCUGGCAAGGAGAAUCAAGACGGGCGAGACGCCCACUAAGGCUGUACAGGAGAUUGUCGAUCAGUCUGCGAGCGAGAUAUUGAAGAUGUAUAUUUUUGGCGGGGAUGAGGGCGACACGACAAGGCGCUGGACCGCGGAACAAGCCUGGUUUCUCAUCAAGCAACUCGCAGCAAAAGAAACCCUGCGCUACAACGAGAUCCUGCUCGAUGACGUGAUAAAGGCCGGCGGCGAGGGCACGCUGCGCGCCCUCGAACAAGCCGAACUCAUCUCCAUCAUGUCCGGGCCCAACGGUCGCCCUGCCCUCAUCAAGCCCGGGAAACCGGUAUAUCAUCCUGCGUUUAAGAGACUGACUGAGGACAAGGUGCUGAAGAGUAGGCUGGAUUUGGGCAUCUUGACGAAUCUGAUCAAGGAUGAGAAUGCGACGAUAGAGAAGUGCGAGAAUGAGUUGUUGCUGCUGAGUAAACUGAAGGAGAGGCCCGGCCAGAUGAUGGGGAGGACGCAGUAUCUGCUGAAUAAGCUGGCGGCGAGUCAGAAUAAGGUGGAGGGGUAUGAGGGCGAGCAGAAGGUGUUGAAGAUGGUGCUUGGAGAGGAGUACUAGGUAGGUAGAUGAUGGGAAGGUGGGGGGUGGCUUUCAUGCCGAAGUUCGAGGUGAGGAAUGUACGUACAUAGUGAUACCAAUCUCCUUUCCACAAGUACAUAUGCAUGGCGAGAAGCGCGAGCAGGUUUGGUGGAGGCGCGGAGUGCGCGCGAAUAAUACAUUAGUACGGAUACAAGAGGUGCUAUAGAUCUCUUU